AUGAAUACGGUUCAUGAACAUGGUUGUUUUAUGAGGAUAGGGGUCCGUGGGAAACAGGAAAGCGAAAGCGACGCCCGCCCCACCCCCUCCCCGCCCAACAACGUGGAGAGAGCGAGGCUGGGUCAGAGGUUCGCUCGGACCUUCAACGACACGCUCCACCACCCGAGAUGCCCCAAGCUCUACACCAGCGUCGGGAACAAGUGCCUCUCCCUCCUCUACUUCGUCAAGGUCGGGUGGGGGGAGGCAAGGGCCCUGUGCUCGGCCAUCGGCGGGGAGCUGGUUGUCUAUCCUUCGGCCUCCGACGGGGAGUUCGCUGCCCUCCUGAAGUACCUGCGGGAGAUAGGGAUGACGACGGACUUCUGGGUGGGAGGCCGGUACACGAAGGACACCGAGGCCUGGACGUGGCUGGACGACGCCCCGAUGGACCUCGGCUCGCCCUACUGGGCCGUCAGACACACCGACAGCUGCAGCAGCCGCCAGCAGGAGUCGGCGCCACACGCCAAGCCUGAAGACGUCGCCUACUGGACCAACACUUCGGCCUGCUACCACUACGAGCAGGCGCCGCGGCGCGACUCCCAGCAGCUCUGCGCCGCCGUCACCUUCCGCCACUACUUCUACAUUAGCGACGAGGACUGCCUGGGCGUCAGGAGCCCUCUGUGUGAACAUGUUCCCAGCACCGCUCAUGACCUCACCCUCGCUGGCAGUCCGUGAUCAUGCUUUUAAUUUUGACAUAUGUCUUGUGAAAACGGUUACUUGAAUUUUUAUUAUAUUAUGGAGUAAGAUACAUUUGGAGAGUACGAUUAACAUGGAUGUUAUGAAACCAUGUUUUAUAUUUACUGUAUAUUUAGUAAUAGAUUGUAGAUGUAAGUACAAGUACAUAAAUAAUUACCCACAAAAAAAAAAAAAAAA